UCAGAAGUCAUGUCAAACAAUACGAUUUCCUUCACAAUGUUUCAUGUGCAAACUUGAAACCUUUUCAGAUUAAAAUUACAGUUUUAUGUUAAUCAAAAAUGUGCUCAAGAGAGGAAAUCAUUGACUUUUCUCAGCCUCGAUAUGACCCCGAUUCUUACUGGGGUAGAGUCAAAAACAACUUACUUCAUCACAAUCCUUUAAAUCUUUUUGUCUCGUCGGAGUCCCUAGAAGACGCUAAAUGUUUGUAUAUCAAUUACAGGUGUGAACAAUAUUUACCUGGAGAAAUAAAACACGAAGAACUAUGGAAAGCAAAAAACCUGUUCGAAUCAGGUUACCACCCAGAAACCGGUGAAAGAAUUACGGGUAUUGCCAGACCUCCUGCUCACGUUCCUAUGAACUCUUUAUUAGCAGGAGGGAUGAUGGCGUCUUAUCAGAUCCCCCUUGGAGUUGUUCUCUGGCACUGGUUAAAUCAGACAUACAAUGCAGUGAUGGCUUAUGCCUAUAAGGACGACGAAAGUCCUAUUACCGACGCGCAACUGAUGACAUCGUGUGGACUGGCCACUGGUACUGCCAUUGGAACAGCAUUAGGACUCAACAGUCUCAUGAGAUGUUCGCCUUAUCUCCUAGCCAGAUUUGUGCCAUUGGCGGCUGUUGCGGCGGCUCAUUGUAUUAGCGUCCCACUGAUGAGAGCACAAGUGCUUAAAAAUGGAACUCCUAUUUACAACGAUGCUGAUAGCAAGUUGGGUUAUUCAAAAAUGGCAGCUCAAGCCGGAACAAGCGGUGUAAUUGCCCAUAGGAUUUUGAAUGCUCUCCCUCCGAUGGGGCUGACGCCUAUCAUUAUGCAUCAGUUGGAACAAAGAGGUAGCCUGUGUAGGUAUCCUUGGUUAAAUUUUGCAGGGCACGUGGGAAUCGCUUUUCUUUGUUUGACAUUCGUCUCGCCUCUAACGUGUGCUCUUGUAAGUCAAAGGGGUUCAAUACCGUUCAAGCAUUUGGAACCCGAGGCUAAGGAUUUUAUAUGUAAAAAAUUCUACGAUCACCCCCCAAAAUAUGUCUUUUUCGAUCGAGGCAUAUAAGUCUUAGUCUUAUUAAAAUAAAAUGCAGUAGUCACUAAAA